AUGGAAAAGUUAUCAAGUUCUAUGCCGGUGGUGCACGUUUCACCAAUUUGGCCAAAGCGAAGGAAACCAAGAUCUUUUAAAAAGUCCACAAACCUUUUCAUCAAAUUACUUCGAUUCAUACACCCUGAUUCAUCAAACUGUGCUGUAGAAGUCACUGAACUAACUGACGAAAGCGUAGAGAAGGAGAAAAGAUUAAAGAGAGUCAAGAGCUUUGCAAAAUGUAAAGAAGAUGAUUGUGUCAAGGAAAGAAAUCGAAAUGGGUGGACAAUGUACCGAGAGAAAAUGAAGUAUUUACACUAUUUGGAAAGAAUGGAAAAUGGAUCUGGAAAACGCAGCAAAGUUGCCAUAACAGUACCGACGUUUGCACAACUUUUACCAGAUAAUAGAGUAAACGAAAGGAGGCAAAAAGGAUUCUUGAAUUCAGAACAAACUGGUCUUGAAAAGUUCGCCCCAGGUGUGCGUCUCAACACACCCAAGGCAACUGCAUCAAAAAGUCAGAUUUCAUUCAUGGAUGCAAAACUUGAUCCAAGAUUUCAAAACUUGAUGCGGUCUCUUACACCAAUAGACUGUUAG